AUGUCGACAAUAGUUGCGCAGUCUCAUUUUAUCUUCGGUCUGCGGACAGGUGUGAGCAACAACUUGUGUUUCUUCGACGAGCACACUGUCGUUUUCCCCAGCGGAAACAGCUGCGUGUGCUACAACGCUGCCCAAAGAUGUCAGAAGUUCAUUCCAGGCUCGGAGAAAAGCCGGGGCAUGCGCGCGCUGGCCAUCAGCGCCAACCGGCGUUACCUGGCGGUGUCGGAGUGCGGCGAGAGGGCCACCGUCACCGUGUUCGACCUGCAGCACGAGCAGGGCAGGAAGAGGAAAGUUCUGACCGCGGCAGACGCGCUCGCGCGGGACUUUGUAUGCGUGGCGUUCUCCCCCGACUCCAAGUACCUGGUAGGCCAGACGGGGGGCCCGGAGUGGAUGCUGAUCUUGUGGCUUUGGGAGAAACAGAAGGUUCUGGCAACGGUGAAGACCAGUGACCCAAACAACUCCGUUACCCAGGUCAGCUUCAGCCCGUACAGCAACACGCAUCUUUGCGUGAGCGGACGCGGCGUGUUCAAGCUGCUGCGCUACUCGGAGGGGUCCCUGAAGCAGAGCGGCGGCCCGAAGGUGGAGUCCGUCGACAUCCUGUGUCACACCUGGGCGUCCGGGGAGCGGGCGAUCGCUGGAACGGACAAAGGCAGGCUGCUGGUGUUCGAGUCCGGAGACCUGCGAGGAGAGAUCAACGUGGCUUCCACGGCCGCGCAGCAUCAUUCUGACAGGCAAGUGCACUUGAAGAAGAUCAGAGGCAAUGACGUGGGAGAAGGUCCUCGCAUCACAGCCAUUCUGUCUUACUCCAAGGGCUUUGCGUGCUCUUUGGGGCCCGGCGCCGUCUGUCUUUUUGAGAAGACCGAGGAGGACGGUUAUAGAAGGAGCAGGGAGAUACGGAUCCCACCAGACCCACGCAGCAAUGAGCUGACCCCGGCGGAAUGCCAGGAGAUCGACACCAUGUGCAUCAGUCCAGCAGAGGAGACUCUGGCCAUCAGCACAGACAGAGGGCAGCUGUACAGCUUCAGCCUCUCCUCUGUGGAGAUCCACAAGAAGGAACAUUUUGAGUUCCUAUUGCAGUCCUUCCACUUUAAGUCCAUCACUGGUUUGUCCGUCUGCAUUAGAAAGCCCCUGGUGGCCACCAGCUCUCUGGACCACUCUGUUCGCAUCUGGAACUAUGAAACAAAGUUGUUGGAGCUGUACAAGGAGUUCCAGGAGGAGGCGCACAGCGUGGCACUGCAUCCCAGCGGCCUCUUCAUCCUGGUGGGCUUUUCAGACAAACUCAGGCUGAUGAACCUGCUCAUCGACGACAUCCGCACCAUCAAGGAGUUCACUGUGCGCAGCUGCAGAGAGUGUGCUUUCAGCCACGGUGGCCACGUGUUUGCGGCAGUCAACGCAAACGUCAUCCACAUCUACUCCGUCACCUCUUUUGAGAACAUGCUCAAUCUGAAGGGCCACAAUGGGAAGGUGCGAGGCAUUGAAUGGAGCCUGGACGACACCCGGCUGGUGUCAUGCGGGAUGGACGGCGCCGUGUACGAGUGGAACACCCACACUGGCAAGCGUGAGUCUGAGAGCGUCCUCAAGUCCUGCAGCUACACAGACGUCGCCUUCUCUUCAGACUGCAAGACCAUCCUGGCCGUGGGAUCGGACCUCACACUGAAGGAGAUCCAAGAUUGCCAGGUCCUGAAGGAGGUUCCGGCUGAUGAGGUUGCUCACACCGCCUUGGCGGUGUCUCACUCUGGCAGGGUCGUGUUCACCGGGACUUCCAGCGGGACCAUCAGAGCCAUUAAAUACCCGCUACCUCUCCAGAAGGAAUGGAUCAUGUACCAGGCUCACUGUGGCCCCGUCACCAAGAUGGUGAUCACUUUUGACGAUCAGUUUCUGCUGACGGUGUCAGAAGAUGGUUGCCUGUUGAUGUGGAAGGUCAUCGACAAGGAGGGCCGAGGACUGAAGAGCAACAGGCAGAUCGUCCACACUGAAGAGAUCCUUGUCACCAAGUCAGACCUGGAGGAGAAGACCCAGAACAUGCUGGAGCUAAAGAUGCGUCUGGAGGAGCUGCAGAUGGAGAACGAGUACCAGCUCCGCCUGAAGGACAUGAACUACAAUGAGAAGAUGAAGGAGCUUUCUGACAAGUUUACCCAGCAAAUAGAAUCUCUGAAAACAAUGCAACAGGCCAUGAAGACAGAGAUGGAAAAGCAGGAACAAGAGCACCAGGAGAGCUCAACAGAGGCCACUGUGAAGCACUCACUGGAGCUGAAGGAUUUAGAGUUAUCCUACAGCCAGAAGCUGAUAGUGGAGCACAAGAGGUACCAGGAUCUUCAGCAUGAAUAUCAAAGUAUGCAGGGAGACUCUCAGAAGCUGCUGAAGGCGGCGGAGGAGAGCAAAGUCCAAUCCCUGGAGGAGCUGACGCAGCUCUUCGAGGCCAAGCUGCAGGAGAAGACUCAGCUGCUGGUUCAGUAUGAGGAGGAUGCCCAGCAGCAGGUCCGUGAGUUCAAGGAGUUCACAAGGCAAGUGGAGGAGGAUGAGGGGAGGUUGAUCCAUGACAUCCAAAUCAAUUAUGAGAAGAAGUUGCACGCCGAGAGAGAGACCAACGCGAACCUGAAAGGAGAUUCGAGUCUCAUGACGCAAAAGCUCUACAGUCUGCAGAGACAGAUCGAUGACAGGUGCGCAGAUAUAAACCAACUGAAGCAGGAGCGACUCAGGCUGCUGGGGUUGAUCCGCUCCCUGGAGAGCGACGUUGAGGACCUGAAGCAGCAGAUCUCUGGACACGAAAGCACCAACCAGGACAAGGACCAGACCAUCUGCAGCUUGAAGAAGAAGAACCAGGAACUGGAGAAGCUGAAGUUUAUUCUCGAUUUCCAGUUGAGCGAGUUGAAUAACAAGACUGAGACUCAACAAGAUGACAUCAACGAGAAGAGGGAGCAGAUCCAUCAGCUGGAGGAGGAACUGGUGCAAAUCGACAAGAGCAACACUCAGCUGAAGCUCAGCAUCUCUGACCUGGGGCUCAAACUGAGGACCAAAGAUAAGGAGAUCCAUAAGGAGAUGCUGAUAGCGAAGGACCUGGAGACGCAUCUCCAGCGGCUCAAGUCGGACCUCCACGACUGCGUCAGCUUCAUCCAGGAGCCGAGGAAACUACAGGAGAGCGUGCGGACGAUCUACGCCAGCUACGUAUCGCAGGCCGACGUGGUGAAGAAAAGCAGCGUUGACGAGGAUAUCCAGAAGGCAUUCGGUCGCCAGCGUGACUACCAGGAGAAGAUCGUUAACGGGCUCAAGACGAGGCUGGCCAAGUCGGCUGCGGAACACGAGAAAGUCUACGUCAGGAUGAUGAAGGAGAAAGAGACUCUGUUCACCAAAAUCAACGAGCUGCGCAAGGAGCUGCACUUGGCGAGGGCCGAAGUCAAAGAUCACAUGGCUCAGCUGGCCGACCUGAAGAGGUCCCAGAUUGCAGGAAGGGCCUCAAAAAAGGGGGCCGAACCUGAAGGCGACAACUAA